UCUCAGCAUGUGCUUUAUCCUGCAGAUGAGGCUGAACUCUUCCUGAAGGUCCUCAUUCCCAGCUAUGCCGCCGGCUCCAUUAUCGGCAAAGGAGGGCAGACCAUUGUCCAGCUCCAGCGGGAGACGGGGGCCACAAUCAAGCUGUCCAAGUCCAAGGACUUCUAUCCAGGGACAACGGAGCGGGUCUGCCUGGUACAGGGUACAGCAGAUGCUUUGCUGGCUGCACACAACUUUAUAGCAGAAAAAGUCAGAGAGCUUCCUCAAGGAGCGCCGAAGAACGACCUGGGACUCCUCCCCACCCAGAGCACGGUCAGUGCUGAACGAGCCAAGCAGGCUAAACUUAUUGUUCCCAACACAACAGCCGGCCUCAUCAUUGGGAAAGGUGGAGCAACUGUCCGCAGUAUCAUGGAGGAAUCUGGAGCGUGGGUUCAGCUCUCCCAGAAGCCAGCCGGUCCAAAUCUCCAGGAACGGGUGGUGACAGUGAGUGGGGAAGCAGCUCAGGUUCAGCAUGCAGUAAGAAGCAUCAUACACAAAGCAAAAGAGGACCCGCCUCAGGGCACUUCCUAUUUCAACAUCAGCUACACCAACAGCCAGGGGCCUGUGGCCAACUCCAACCCAACAGGAUCUCCAUAUGCUGGAGGAACAGCUGAGGCGGCCAUUUCUCCAUAUCCGGCUACACCAACUGCUUCGGCUGCAAUAUCUGGCGGCGAUCUGCUGGCCAUCUCUACUGCUCUAAACACGUUAGCCAGCUAUGGUUACAGCACAGGUUUAGGGUACAAUCCCCUGGUAGGUGGUGUCCAUCCAGCAGCUGUCAGUCUCUUAGCUUCUUACACAGGUGACGCUGGUUCUACGUUGGGCAUGGGGGGUGGAGGAAUCCUCAUGGAGAAACUAGCUGCUGAAAGUGUCGCUGGCAAGGAGACUCUGGAGAUGGCAGUACCGGAAACUCUGGUAGGUGCAAUACUGGGCAAAGGGGGAAAGACAUUGGUUGAAUACCAAGAGCUAACAGGAGCCCGCAUACAGAUCUCCAAGAAAGGGGAAUUUGUCCCUGGAACAAGAAGCAGGAAAGUGACCAUUACAGGACCCCCAGGGGCCACACAAGCAGCACAAUACUUGAUUGGGCAGAGGGUGGCUUAUGAGCAAGGUGUACGAUCAAGCAACCCACAGAAGGUUGGCUAACAAGACAUUUGGUGGGAGAGGUUGGUGCGUGCGGGGGAACUAGGAUGGUGACGCUGGGGAAA